AUGACGCUUUCUCUACCUCUUGCUAUCGCCCUGGGCGCGCUGAUGAUCGAUGGCAUCCUCGAGCUGUCUUUCAUUACCAGCAUGGUGGCUUGGCUUCAUCAAACCGCCAGUGGUACUUUCACGGUCAACUUUGACGGCUCGACUUUCGAACUCUACGGCGAACCGAAACAUUUCUUAGUCGACCAAGGCCACACCAGCAACGGCGCCGCGGGAACAGCAAUUAUCCUGAUUGGCUUCGGAGGCAUCGUCACUCUUUUUCUCAGAAACCGCCCUCACAUCCUCGGCCAGAAAUUCACGUCCUUCAUCUACGGUCUAUGGCUUACCAUUCUCGUUCUCGGCCUGACUCUCACUCUCGCCGCCCUCGCUUACGUCUUCGCCGUUACAAACUCGCACAAGGGGCAGACGAUUGACGUCAAAGUCGCCUCGACAACUGGCAACCACAAAUAUGCCCUCGAUACGUGGACACCUCAGAACUGGUUCCCUGCAGUGCUCAAGCUGGACCUGGCAAACGAAAGCCAGAGGAAGGACAUUGCAAACCACCUGCGAGUCAUGCGCGGAUGGCAGUACAACUUGAUUCCGAUGUUCUUGAUUCAGCUUACGACUACUGUUUUGGCCUUCUUGGAGUUUUUGCAGAGACGACGAUCAGGGCCUUCUCUUGUUGCAUAUGGAGCCGUGGACCGAAACAGCGCAGAGCAAAAGAUGGUCGCGACUCCUUGA